CACAAACUGCCACAUGUAGCAUAUAAUACUCGUAAGUGAAGCAUCUGCUCUGUCUAUUCUCAUUGUCACUCAUCAGCCCCAAACAGGCUCCAAUUCAUCCAUCAUGCGUCUCUUAUCGAACGAACUUCCAAUGAAUAACAAGCCGAACUAUCCUUUUGCCAAUCAAGAGCACAAAGUGAAAGAGUUGUUGCACUGGCUUCGAGUCGCAAAGUCGACCGCAUUGUUCCUCCUCUUUGCGGUUCUUGGGAAUUUCGUCUUGAUGUAUGGACUGAUCCGCUAUCCGUGCAAGCCAAGUCCAGCUGAAUGUAGUACAUACUGUACGGCUAUAAAUGCUCCACGGAUGGUAGAAUUACCUCCGCCCAUUGAGGUUGCAAAGCUGAUACCUACCUCGAGCUCACCGGUGUCAACUGAAGUGGUUGUUCGACAAAGCAAAAUUGAAGUCCGAGGGGCUGAUUUCAAGGAAUCGAAGGAUUUAUCUGUUCGACCAACUAGCGAAGUUAGCACCCAUCUUGAAGAUCGAAACAGAUGGUGGAUCUUAGCUAUGUCGGGUUUUUGGACGGCUAAUCAGUUCAUUGCGUGGUGGAAUAUGGUCGAAGCUUGCAAAGACUUUAGCGAUGCUUCAAACGUAAUCAAUUGCGUUUGGGGCGCUGUAACAACCGCCAUAACAGCUGCAGGCGCAUUUUGGGGAGGUCAGCAGACCUUUGGCAGGCUCCAGGUCUGGCUCAGCAACAACGCUAUACAAUUUGGGGGAUUCAAGCGUGAUGAAGCCGGAUUAGAGCUGCUUGACAAUCUCUCCACGAUUCUCUCAAGCCCGGUAACCCAUUUAGGCGCUUUCGACUUUGCUCCUCUUGGACUUAAUGGUACCCUCAGCACGCGGACGUCAAAAGAUCCAAUUGAUGUUUUUGGAUUUACAAGUCCAGAAGGCCUCCCUAUGCACUUCUCCUUCUUGGGACACUUGGAUAAUAUGGAUGGUAACGGGAAAAAGCAAUUCGCGUUCAAGUUUGGCAUUGGUCCUGGUGUUGUACCUGUCAAGGGAAGAGAAAUAUUCAAUCACCAGUACUUUACUAAAGGUGGCAUUGACUUCCUCCUCAACGAAAAUAUUGGUGAGGGAGGCGUUCUGAGCACUAAAUAUGACUACGCACAGAUGCUCCAGGAGGUGGAAUGCUUAAUGCGCACGGGUAGCACUGCAGCAGGCCAUUUCUUCCAGAUUUUUGAUAACGACCGUAAGGGCACAAUCGCUGGAGGAGCAGUGGCUCCAUUCCGAGGCUCCGAUCAUUGGAGUGCUAUCACUCAGAUGUAUCAUGGAAAAUGGCCUUUACCUUUAGACAAAAGGUGCACUUAGUGAACCUGGAAGAACUGUAUACAGGAGCACCAGGAAGAAAUCACAGCUGAAUGCAGGGAGAUUCUAGUCUAAGAAUAAGAGAAGCACAUUAUUCGGUUAUUCAGUUAUGUAAACAAAGGCCGAGUUGCAAUGCGAUAGCAGCCAAAUCAUGAGCAUGGGGAAGUCUUGUCAAGGCUGAGGGCUUGACGUUUCUGGUGGUCCCAUCCCACAUCACGGGGACAUCGACAGUGACACUUUAUUUAAUGAAGUUAUUAAGUUAAGGAGAUGAGAGUCAAUUUAUUAAUAUAUAGACUAAUCCCACAUAUGUCCUCGUACUAUUAACGUUGUGCUAGAGAAACUGAACCGUAG